CUCACCAGCUCGUGCACAACGUGGAGAACUGCUGAGGCAUCUGUCCAGACACAGUAUUGCAGAAUCACUGACAAUGUUAUUAGGCGCGUUAGCUUCCCGAUUAGACCCGACUCCAGCUCGUUGACUGUCGCAUCUAUUGCAAUACACAACUCCUGGGCAGCCUAUAUAGCGUAGCCACGUCGACGAUUCCUCCGCCCAUCCUUCUCGUUUCCCAUCACCAAGUGUCGCCACCUCAUCCACGUACGCGUCGCUCUCCCCAAGUCCUCGAACUUGUCGAGAAGCAUCAUAGCCUACCGCUGCUUGACGCCGACCUCAAUGCUGCCUUCAGCCCAUUCCACUCUAAACAGUCCCCUCUUCCCCUCUUGCUCCAUCCAGUCUCUGGCAUCUGAAACGCUACUUGAGAUAUUCGACUACCUGUACAAGGAUGCAAAGCGUGCCCUCAAGGAGGAUACAUACAAUGCAUCUUCUCUCUUCCCCUUCGGAGUCGCGAGCGUUUGCCGCGGCUGGCUCGACGUCUCAAUCCUACGAUCCAGGUAUUGGGUGAACGCUGUCAUUCCGCUGGAUUUCAUCAUCCUCCCGCCCGUCAUGGCGACAUACUUGGCCAUGUUCGAGAACCAGGCGUCCCCGGAUGCGCAUGUCGUCUUUUGCGACGUUGCUCCCAUCGACCCCAGGACGGAAAACGCGCGUCUCGAUGGCGUGAUGCGUCUCCUUGUACCCCAUCUCCACAAAUGCAAGUCCAUUGUCCUCGAUACCCAUCAUCGCUCGUCCAUUGUUCUCGCAACUCGGCACCUCGAUACACUGGUCGUGCGCCCACUCGCAAAGCUGGCGUUGGUCUCCACGAUUUCCGACACAACUCAAGACGCUCACUUCACAUCAUUCGCCUGCCCCGACCUCGCCUUCCUCUUCGUUGACGCCAAGACCUUCGUCAACUUCGUUGCGAGCGAAGGCCCGAAAGGAAACGCAAAGGACUUUGCUGGAGAGCUCAACAUUACUAUGUACCACCCUGACUCCUCGUCUGGCCCGGUCGAGCUGAAGCCCUCUGAGCUUCUCAAAGCUAUCUUCGAACUGGACUCUGUCCACGAUUUCGGAUGGCUAAGCUCGCUCACCAUCGAGGGCGUGACCUUUGACGCUGAGGCAGUCGAGUACGAUGACGAUGAUAUCGCUGAGAUCCUUCCGGAUUUACACCACGUGGAGGACGUCUACCUCACCGAUAUCCACAGUCCGUUCCUCCGCAGCUUCUUCAUCAGUUUCCAACCGGACUUCGAGAGCGGGCAAGAACGCACUGUCUCCCUCACGCGAUGUUCGUCGGACGAACCCUUCGAAAUCUGCAACACCGGAAUCCUCGAGCUGCACGAGAUCGGCGAUGGCAUGCACGUCAUGACGGCAGUGAAGCACUGGGACGGGCUCGAGCUGCGCGUGGCGGAUUCUCCAGGAUUUCAUGACGCUGUGCUGAACACCAUGACUUUGGAACAACUGUGUCCGAUCUUGAGUAUGCUCGACGUCAAGAAUUGCCCGUUGUCAGUGCGCAGUCUGAAGCGGUUUGUUGCGGCAAGGGAGGGGGAUAUAGAACGUCUACGCGUUUCAAAAGGGCCGGAGCUGAGCAUAGAGGACAAGCUUGUGUUGAAGGAGUCGAUCCCCCAUGGUGUGAUAUGGAAUCGCGAGAGGCUUUAUUAGUCAGAUGUAGUUUGAUAAGUCCCUGCGCUCGUCUGAAA